AAAAAAAUCAUUUCAAAAAACGAUCUCACUCACCUCACUCCUAAUGGCGGCACCUAUGGAAACGCUGAGAGGGGAGCAAAGGACGGUCUUUGGUGUGUAUGAGGACGGAGAAGAGGAGGACAGUCUGCCCACAGUUUUACUGAGUGUUGUGGUCCAGCGUGGACACCUGGGCCUCUGCUUCUAUGACAGCACAGACUCCUCCGUAAACUACAUGAGAGACACUCCUGACAGCGGCGAGCUCCAUCUGCUGACCAAAGUGAUCCAGGAGGUUAGUCCUCAUGUUAUCGUUACAAGUGCUAAGCAGGAGAGGUGUAUGGUCCAUUUCCUUCAACAGCUUGGUUCGAACUCAGACUACAAACCAGAGGUGGUGACUUAUCCAUAUGUUGACUUUGGUCUGGAAGUUGGUAAGCAGAGACUUCUCUCAGCUCAUCUGCCCGCCCUGCCUGACUCCAUUUCAGAGAGAGACAAAAUGUCCUACCUCUCCUCGUGCAUCUCCUUUGACUCACUCUUGAUGCUGAGGGCGCUGGGUGCUCUGCUAAAGUGUCUGGACAGGAGGAGAGUGGGAGUGGAGCUGGAAGAUAGCAGUGUUGGAGUUCCUAUCUUACAGUUCCGUGCCUACACACUGAAAAGUGUGGUUUACAUUGACCAAGACACGUACAGUGUACUGCAAAUAUUCAAGUCAGAGCUUCACCCGUCAGUGUACAAGCUGCAUUCAGGUGAAAAGGAAGGACUCAGUCUUUAUGGUAUACUAAAUCGCUGCAGGUGCAAGUUUGGCUCCAAACUCCUACGUCAGUGGUUCCUGCGUCCAACACAAGACCUGGCUGUGUUGUUUAGAAGACAGGAUGUAAUACGCUUCUUCUCUUCACCUCGCAACUCAGACAUCCUGGGCACCCUGCAGUCCUCGCUACGCAACAUCAAAAACAUCCCAACUCUGCUGCGUAGGAUGUCUCUUUCUCACACUAAAGUGACAGACUGGAAGAACCUCUAUAAGAUGGUGCAAAGUGCAGUGUGUGUCAGAGACACAGUGCGACACCUGCCUCAGUCCAUUCAACUCUUCCAUGACAUCAACGAUGUGUUUUCUGAUGACCUGCACUAUAUCGCUUCCCUCAUUAACCGAGUUGUGGAUUUUGAAAGCAGCCUAUCAGAGAACCGCUUCACCAUCAAGCCAAACGUGGACCCUGCCAUAGAUGAGAAGAAAAGGAGGAUGAUGGGGCUCUCAGACUUUCUGACAGAUGUUGCAAGAAGAGAGCUGGAACAUCUAGACCCUCGCAUUCCCUCCUGCUGCGUUAUUUACAUCCCUCUGAUCGGGUUUCUGCUCUCUGUCCCACGUCUGCCCAGUAUGGAGGAGAAAGAGGAUUUUGAGAUAGAUGGACUUGAUUUCAUGUUUCUGUCGGAGGACCGUUUGCAUUAUCGCAGCCAACGAACCAAGGAGCUAGAUGACCUGCUUGGAGACCUGCACUGUGACAUCAGAGACAUGGAGACGGCAGUGAUGACACAGUUGCAAAACACAAUCCUCAAGAGAAGUGCUUCUCUCUACAAGGUCCUGGAUCUCAUAGCAGAGCUGGACUGUCUCAUGGCCAUGAGCACUGCCUCCCAGGAGUAUGGCUACACCUCACCCAAGCUAUCCAAUAACAGGAAGAUAAUAGUCACUCAGGGCAGACACCCUCUGUUGGAGCUGUGCUCUCCUGUGUUUGUGCCCAACUCCUUCCAGAGUCAAGAGCUGCAAGGCAGAGUCAAGAUCAUCACCGGUCCCAACUCCUCUGGCAAGAGCAUUUAUCUCAAACAGGUGGGUCUGAUUGUAUUUAUGGCUCUGAUUGGCUCAGAUGUGCCAGCGAAGGAGGCAGAAAUCGGUGUGGUAGACGGGAUCUUCACCCGCAUGCAGAGCAGAGAGUCUGUGUCUCUGGGCCUCAGCACCUUUAUGAUAGACCUAAAUCAGAUGGCCCAGGCUCUCAACAGCAGUACUGGCAACUCAUUAGUUCUCAUCGAUGAAUUUGGAAAAGGAACUAACACAGUGGACGGUCUGUCCUUGCUGGCUGCGUCAGUCUCUCACUGGCUGAGAAAACCUCCAACAGAUGUUCCUCACAUCCUGUUGGCCACUAACUUUCACAGUUUGCUACAGCUGGGUCUGCUACCGUCGUCCGCCCUGCUGUCCCUUCUGACUCUGGAGACGGCACUGGACGGGGAUGAGUUGGUGUUUCUGUACCAACUGAAGGAAGGGAUCUGCCAAUCCAGCUACGCUGCCAACAUUGCUUCACUGGCAGGCCUGCCAACAAGUCUGGUACAGAGAGGAGUGGAGGUGUCCGAACUGUACAGGACUGGGAGGCCCAUUAAGCGCAUUGACAGAGCAUCAUCGGAUGAGCAGGCGAACAGGUGCAGCUCUGUGGUGGAGAAGUUUUUGAGCCUGGACCUGGAGGACCAGAAUUUGGACCUGCAGCUCUUUAUGAAAGAUGAGCUCCUGCCCUCUGCUGGAGAGGUGCUGAACCGCAGUGAGGCAGCCAGGUAAUGAGGAAAGCCACAGUGAAGCAUAGAACCGGGUCGACUGGACAUCUGUGGGCUGUGUUGCAGAACGGUGUGUUGCAGCAGUGUUUAGUCAAAACAUAGAUGUUUUGGUUGAAGAGCUCCACUGUAGUCGCCACCUCACACUCUUCUGCCUUCACGCAACCCAAAGUCUUAACAUCCAGCUCAGCUGAGGAGACAAGGUUAUGGAUUCAGUGGAACGUCUCAAUUGUAAAUACUAUUAUUACUUAAGGCCUCCUCCCACACACCUGCUUUGCCUCGGCCUGUGUAGCAUCGUUCCCCGCGGCUGCAGUUGGUUUCAGUGGUGUAGCACGCGUCCAAAAAGCCCAGGUCACACCGGAAACACUGCAGCGGCUCGUCCUCACUCCCGAAUCUCACCGAUUCCCUGAGCAGCUCGGACUGCUCCUUCUCCCCACCUGAGCCCAAAGGACACCAGCAGCGCAGGGCAGUUUAAACGUGAGCCCACAAAACAACAACAACAGUAACAACUGCCUGGCAGGGAACUGAUGCAAUUAUUUAUUUAUGGCAUAUUUUAACCAGGUAACUCCUAGUGAAGGAGGAAAGCGGAGGUACACCCAGUGGUGACUGCAGUCGUGCUUUGGAUCAUCCUGAUAUUGAGGCGUUUACGUAACAGCUUAUUGAAAACAUUUAUUAUUCAGGGGGUGCUGAGCGCGGAAAUGCUGCGGGACAUCAAGCCAAACUGAUGAGCCACAUUCUGCCGAGUGCCUGAGCAUCUCUGAAACAUUCUGUUUAUUCUGCUGCAGCCUGGAAUUCGUUUCUCCGGGUGGAUGACUUGUGCUCCAGCUCUUAGGGGAGCAUCAUGUUUUUAUUAACCACACAGAUACUGGAAAUAUUAGGAUAUGCUGUCAGCACAACGCAGCGCAGGAGUGUGGCUUGAUGGGGUUCCACAAAUUUGGCUAAAGUUUUCUAAGUUCUUAAGCUUAUUUAAACUAACGGACGACAUGGUAACUGAACGCUGAAUGUUGCCAAAUGGCCAACGUCUGUCCCGAGAUAGGAGGGCACUGAAAAAAGGGCUAAUCUGUUUAUUAAGGCCAGAAGAUGAGGGUUUUAGUGAGACUCACAAUCCUGAUCCCCUGUUAUCUUGUUAGCAGAAACGAGAAUUACAAUAGGGUGGUGGGAUUUAUUCACAGAGAAAAAGCUGAACCCACUGCUUGUUAUUCUACCUUUAGGGCCUGAACCUACACCUCGGCUGCUGCAGCUGUUUGUCACGGUCUCGUACAAGCUCAUCAUAAAUCAGGCUUAUAAUGGUUUUUGUUUAAAGCUUUGAUUAAACCUUCAUUUAACUGUAGCGGUGGAGGAUUUACAGCAGUUCAGAAGCUCUGAUGCAUCGAUAUUUUUUUUGGGGGGGGGGAUUUGGAUACUUUGCAGCCCUAUGAAUACAGGAUUAAUGAGAGUGAGCUUUGAAACUAGAGUGGCAUAAAAAAACAAUUUCAUAAACAAAUAAACAAACACUACUGAAAACAUUGUGAGUAAGGUCAUUGUAGCUAUAAUUUAUUGCAGAGCUAACAGAUUAGAUAUUAGAUCAUAACAGUUGUAACCUAAUAAGGGUUUCUUUUUCCAUGAAGCCAAAUCAUUUCAUAUGAAAGAAAAUUAUAAUUAUAAAACAAGGUCCAGUUGAUAUUACAGGAACUCGGUUUGCUCUCAAAUGUAUAUAAAUUAAAGCAAAUAUCACUUUCAACAUCAACCACUACAGCUGAUUUCUGCGCCCCAGUUGUGUUAAAGGUUUGAAAUGCAGUAAUGUUGACAUGUCAGAAUCUCUCAUCCUCUACACACAGGCGCUCCUACCUUGAGCAGAUGCAAGCAUCAUAACAGCAAAAGCACAAAAUAAUGGUCCUGGCAUUGUGAGCGUGACACCUCUCCCAUUGACUGCUCCCUGAAGGCUGAGCUGACCGGAAGCAUGGCUGAAAUUGGAUUAGGCAGGAGUGCACCUGCUGGGUGUCCAGCACUAAUCACAUCUGCUAAAGGCAGCAAACCAUCAACCCGGCUGCCACCUGUAGGCCUCCAGUGGAUGCGUGGCGGCACGUCUGAGAGCGAGGAGUCAGGAGGGAUGGAUGUCAUGUAGUUUAAUAGAUGCGUUCACGCGGGACACGUGAACCAGGCUCUUCACCAUGUGACUGAGAUGAGCAAAAAUUAAACCUCAGUCGAAGGGAAAGAAAACAUCUGACCGAGGAUGUCUUUACCACGUCCCCCCUUUUCACUGCAGCUGGUGAAGUCUUAUUAAAAAGAGCUCUUUUUUUCAAACUGUCAUCAUCUUCAGGCCGGUUGAUCCUCGGCUGUUCACAUUUUCCUUGCAGAAAUUGUUGAUCCCAGCUCCUUCCCCUCAAAGAUGAGAGCGUGUCCUGAGUCAGCGCAGGGUUAAGCAGCUUACAGCUGCCUGUCUGCCUGCGGAGAUAUGUAUCAAUACAUGCGCUCGCAGAGGAGCUCUAUUUAACACACGCCGCCGAACGAUGUAGCAGUUCGCUGUCAUCGGGAUAAACACCCAAUAAGUCAGAGUCUGUAUGUUCAGCACAUCCACAGACGCAGCUUAUGGCUCAAACAGCCACCGCUUCACUCCCGCGGCCGAGCACGCGCACGUCUGAAGGCGUCGCUCUGGGAUCCGAGAAGCUCUGGUGUCAUUUUCCUGCUAAUUUAUGGCAAAGUCGUGAUCAUUUCGGAGACUGCAGCUGAAGCAGCGUCGAACUGUUCUAACAAAUGCUCCUUCGACGUGGUCGAUCCUCCUACAUACACACUGAUGCAUCUAGUGCCCACUACACACACCUGAUACAUUAAAGCAAACAGUCGAUCGGCUGUAAGUGGUGAUGAAAGUAUUGAUCAGCGGCAGCUCCACUUGUAAAUCAUCUUUCCUCCAGCACGUGAACACAUCACAGCGCCUCACGCUGGCGCUGGCUCGCGUGUGAGGGUGAGGAGAGAGAGAGCGCCAGUGGAACACACAUCUUUAAAGCAGCGGGCUGCACCUCCACGCAUGCAUAACGCGCCGCUGCAAAUUACUGUACACUCAGUCGCCUCGGUCGUCAUCUGGAUGGCAGGAUCCCAGCGUGGGACCGAAGAGCGAGGAAAUGCUCUGCAGGCCUGAAGGCCCAUAAAACUUUUAAACUGAUCCCCUGUGUAAUUAGAGGCUCCAGGAGAAAAUGCUGGUGAUGAUUAAAAUCCGAGCCCUGGACCCCUCCGCUGGUCUAAACGCGCUCUCUUUGGCUUAGCUGUACCUGAUAACGUUCCCUUCGCACCCCAUUUUCUCCCCUCGUUUCGCCUGUUGCCGCCGCGGAGGGACGGGGGGUUCGAACAACGCGCAGGAAGCGGUGAGGAGAGAGCAGAUGAGAGGUCGGCGUGGUGGGAGAGCGCUGCUCAGUCAGGCUGCGUCAGGAAUAACUCCUCGCAACACGGUUUUUUAGGUUGUUUUUUUUUUUUUUCGGG